AUGGCCAACAUCACUAAACUCACGCCAAACUAUUUCAUCACUUGGCGUCUGCAGAUCCGAUCUCUUCUUGAGGUUCACGACCUCCAUGUCUUCAUUGCUGAUGAAGACAACACGCCUGCUGAAACAGUCACCACCGCUACCGCUGCAAAUCAACCAAAUCCCAAUUUCGCAGCCUGGAAACGUCAAGACAAGCUCCUCUUCAGCGCUGUCCUUGGUUCUCUCUCCCUCUCUGUUCAACCGAUUGUUGCCCGUACCACAACAACACGAGAUCUUUGGCAGACUCUCUCUAGUACUUAUGGGAAAAAAUCUCGUGGUCACAUCCAUCAGAUUAGGGACCAGCUCAAAGAUAUUUUCACAGGGAAUAAGUCUAUCCAUAACUAUAUGUGUGACAUCAUUGACAAGUCUGACAAACUCGCCUUUCUUGAUGCUCCUCUUCCUCAUGAAGACCUUCUUGACUACAUUACUUCUGGUCUUGGAGAAGACUACAGAGCUAUUAUCGAGAUGGCUUCUGGCAAAACUGAUUUCUCUGUUCUGGUAACUGCAAAUGCUACUCAGUUUCCUUCUCGACCGCCUCAUCCGUCUUCCCAUGGUGAUUACAACCCUUCGUGUGGCGGAUAUCGCCCAUCCAGACCAUAUCUUGGGAAGUGUCAAAUCUGUGGUGUUCAAGGACAUGGUGCUCGCCGAUGUCCACAAUACAGAUCGCCUUCUCCAAAUCCUUCUUACUCACCACACUAUUCAGGUCCCUAUCGUGCUCAUGCUCCUUGGUCCGUACCUCACCUGCCUCUUCCCACGCCUCAAUGGCAACAACAACCCCAGGCUCAUCACACAACAAGCUCUCCACAUCCCGAUCUCUCUCCCUGGCUUCUUGACAGCGCUGGUUCACACCAUAUUGCGAGUGAUCUCUCCAAUCUCUCCCUCCAUGCUCCGUACACUGGGGGAGAGAAUGUCAUGGUUGGCAAUGGAUCCAAUCUCCCUAUAAAUCAUUCUGAUUUCAUCUAUCUUCCCUCUCAAUCUCGGAACCUUAGGCUUACUGAUGUUCUAUGUGUUCCUGCAAUGAAGAAAAUUUUGAUCUCUACCAACAAACUUUGUCAAACUAACAAUGUGAUGACUCAAUUGUGUCCGUUUACUAUUUGGGUGAAGGAUCUACGCACGGGGAAAAUACUUCUCAGCAGAAAGGCUAAUGAGGGUGUGUAUGAGUGGCCGAUCACCGUUCCAAACACCGUUCCAACCUCCGUUUAUACUUUUAGUUGCUCUAAGAAGGCGUCUCCCUCCUCUUGA